AUGUCUCCAACAGAUGGACACCACCAUUGCCAAGACAAGCUGUACAAGGUGGAGCGCAACCUUGCCAGGGCUGAUCCUGAAAUCACCCAUCAAAGAAAGCAAUACAAUGGCAAGAUGGAGCCUUGUCAACCGUCAUUCUAUGCAGCCCAUCUGGCAGACAUUCAUCUUGGCUCAAUCCAGCAAAUGUUUGUUGCCGCAGCAUACCUCUCUGCUGGCAUGGCUUCACCUUGCUUGCGCAACCUUAUUGGCACGCCAAGGCUCAAGGAUGCGCAAGCAAGUGCUCAGAUUGCCUUUGAGGACGCCAGCACCGUCGACUCCAACUCGCUCAAAGACGUCUUUGUUGUGGCGCGCUCCGCAAGCAGGAUCAUUGCUUAUGAGCGCCUGCUGGAGACCACCAACAGUGGCCUCAGCAAACCCAUCUUUCACCUUUGGAGACUGGGCAUGAUCGGCAAUGCUGCUCUUCUUUGCCUUGAGCAUUUUCAGGCACUGCAAACAACGCUCAUGUCUUCCUUGCUUUUGGACCCCACGCGACGCACAAUCAUACACUUUGGCAUGAUCAGGCUCUCUGCCUCACAGGCCUACUUUGUUCUUCCGCGGACUACAGCAGCAGUCUUGGCCAUUGCAGAAGGCAUCUACGAAGCCGACUUUGCAGCAGAGAACCUGAUCAAUGAUUGA